AUGAGCUUCAAGAAUGAGAUGAAGUUGAUAGCUGAAAUAGAUAUUCCACAACAGAGGACAUGGCUGGAGGGCAGUUCUAAAAUCAGUCGUGGGAGUCAGUCCAAGGUGUACAGCAUCACCCCUUACAGCGUGAAGCUCACAUGUUCAACUAUAAGUAUUGUUUCCACAGUGACGUAUCAUCCAAGCGGCUUCACUCGUCUAGGCAAUAAGGCAUACAAGUUGUUCACCACUGCGUUGACCCACUGGAAUGCCCGCGUGGCUAUCAACUACACCAACUGGCACUCAGGGCAGCCUGACAACUUUGGCAAUGUAGAGCGCUGCGGCAUGCUUUAUGCUGACGGGACCUGGAACGACGCCUCUUGCAGUAACUCGUACUGGUUUGUGUGCGAGAUUCCCCUAAGCCAUUGUGACGGCAUCCAUGAUGACAUCCGCUGCCUCUACAUUUACUGA